GAUAUGUUGGUCAUAUUACAGUGAUACUUUUUAGAGGUACUGGUAUUUUUUACAUAUUACCCUAAGAUGAAGGUUCUUGCGAUAUUGUCUCUACUUGUAUGUUCAUGUUAUGCAACUACACCAACACCACUGGUCAUAUGGCAUGGAAUGGGUGACAGCUGCUGCAACCCAUUAAGCAUGGGCUCCAUCAUCAGACUGGUGGAGGGCCAGAUACCUGGCAUAUAUACUUUAUCAUUGAAGAUAGGGGACACCACUACACAGGACAUUAUGAAUGGGUUUCUUAAACCAAUUCCUGAACAAAUCACAAUGGCAUGCGAACAAAUCAAAGCUGAUCCAAACCUAGCUAACGGAUUCAACGCAAUGGGAUUUUCACAAGGAGGACAAUUCCUGCGUGCAGUAGCUCAACAAUGCGAUGGUAUUAAGAUGCAUAACCUCAUCUCUGUUGGUGGGCAACAUCAGGGGGUUUUCGGGUUCCCUAAAUGCCCCAACGAUCUUACAUUCUGUGAUACAUUGCGAGAUAUGCUCAACAAAUAUGCUUACAACCCAACCAUACAAGACCAUUUGGUACAAGCUGAAUACUGGCACGACCCACAACACGAGGACGUUUACAAAUCAUCCAAUAUUUUCUUGCCUGAUUUAAACAACGAUGUGACAGUGAAUGAAGUUUACAAACAACGACUGAUGUCGCUCAACAAGUUUGUGAUGGUGAAGUUUACUUCCGACACCAUGGUGCAACCAAUCGCAAGCGAAUGGUUUGGGUUUUAUGCUCCUGGUCAAGCUGAAACUGUUCAAAGUUUACAAGAAUCAGAUCUUUACAAAAAUGACCAGUUAGGUUUGAAAGCAAUGGACCAGAAUGGGCAACUUGUGUUCCUUGCUACAGAUGGUGACCACCUGCAGUUCACCAACGAAUGGUUUAUCACAAAUAUUAUUCCGUACUUACAAUAAGAUGGUGGUUGUGGAGCUAAUUAUGGUGGAAUCAUAGGUUAAAUGUAUAUUACUAAUAUCUACAUCUUAACAAAGCUAAGGUUGUAAACAUCUGCCACUAAUAACAUGUAUUGUAUUACAAGUGAAUCCAAAUACCAAAGCUUUUUUAGCAUAAAAUAUUAGAUUAUGUUUUUAGCAUAAAAAAAAUUAAAAAUUUUAAUAUGUGUGUUUUGCUCUUGUUAUAAAUGUGCCAUACAAACUGAAAAUAAUGAUUUAACUCGUAUGUAUUUUAUGUUUCAAUAGUUAUGAUAAAUGUAUUUACAUAAUGCAUACGCAGCAAGUAAUGUAUGUAUUAUAUUUACAUGUGCUUGUAGCGCAGUGUAAUGCGUCUUGUAUGAUGGAAAGUGAUAUACAAACAAUACCAAAUCGUAAAUUUAACAUAUUAUGGCAUCCAACUAACCACUAACAUAACCCUCCUGUUUUUGUUCAACUAUAUUUGUGUCGUAGUGUCAGAGAAUUGUUACAACUACCCAUAAAAAUACAGAUACAUGUUUUCUCAAGGUCAAAUUAUUCAUUGUAAUGUUUCAUGUUUGUUUACUUGUAUGCAGUUUGUGGUGAUUUAAUUGCUUGUAAUUCACUGUGAAUAAAACGCUAGAAA